AGCGGGAAAGAGGCAACACAGCGUUUGUUUGGAGCCUUGAAGGUAGAGGAGAAGUUGAAGAAGCUGGAAACACGUAGGACGCUAACCCGUGGUGUAUUACCCCUCCUGGCCUUCCAAGACUACCCAUUCUCCACACCUAGCACAAUGGCUUCCCGUCAAUUCAUCAGAUCCCUUGCCACGGCUUCCUCUGCUGCCGUCAAGCCACCUGUCCAACUUUACGGUUUGGACGGUACCUACGCCACCGCUCUUUUCAGUGCUGCUGUCCGGGACUCGUCUGUCGACAAGGUCUACGCCUCUGUCGAAAAAUUGAGCACCGCCAUCAAGGAAGACCCUAAGUUGGGCUCGAUCUUGGCCAACCCUUCGUUAUCCUUCAACUCCAGAAAGCAGGUCAUCUCUACCGUCAACGGCGCUUUGAAGCUCGACCCGAUUGUCCAGAACUUGUUGGAAGUCUUGUCCGACAACCACAGAUUGGAGCUCUUCCCAGCCGUCGCCAAGCAGUUCUCCGUCUUGAACUCUGCCUACAACGGUGUCGUCGAGGCCACCGUUGUCUCUGCCAAGCCAUUGGACUCCAAGACCAUCUCCAGAUUACACAAGGCCAUCGCCGGCUCCAAGUUCGUCGGCUCCGGCAAGACCUUAAAGAUCGCCAACGAGGUCGACCCUCAAAUCUUGGGCGGUUUGAUUGUCGAGGUCGGUGGUAACAGUGUCGACUUGUCCGUUUCCGCCAAGGUCACCAAGUUGAACAAGGUUUUGACUGAAUCUGUCUAAUGAUUUUUCUCUCACGCUCACGCUAACACUCCCCAAAAAUACUACUAUCCAAUUACGAAAUUCCCUUGCAAAAGCAGAAACGAACAAGAGUGAUCAAUAAAAUCCCUAAACUCAUGAAUUUCAGGCACACAGGUUAGUAAAUGCCUUUGGUUCUAUUAUUUAUUACGUUAUUCCGAUAUCUAUAUCUGAUCUUCUGUACUUCUCUUAUAUGAUAUUAUAUAUUUAUAACCUCUAUUUAUUUAUUCACCCAUUUGUUUGUUUGUUAAGUCUGUAUG